AGCCGAGCGAGCCGCUGGAUUCACUAAGAUUGGCUGCUUCGCUUCAGAGAGACGCCGCCAAAGCUCGUUCGCAGGGCAGUCGCGCGCAGUCGGCGCCCGCAAAUAGGCAACGCAUAAUUUGGGAUUAUAAUUUGAGCUGUUUGGCAGCCGAGUUGACAGUUAGUUUAUUUAUUUAUUUUCGUUUCGCUGCUGUUGUUGUUGUUGUUCUUGCUGUUGGCGUUAUUUGGUGAAGAAAACAUGCGAGCAGAACUAUAGCGCUGCAAUAUGGAGAUGUCGGGCUAUCAGGAUAUAAGCGCACUCGAAAAAUCGGUGGCCAAUGCUGGCAGCCAGCUGUAUACGAUGGCCCACAAACUGCACGCCGUGGAGCGCAGCCUGGACCAGACGGCCAUGGAGCAGAUGGACGAAAUGGAGGUGAUGGAGCUGCUCGAGUCGAUGACCGAGGUGAAGAACGAGUACCAGAAUCUGCGCAAGGACAUACAGGAGGUGCAGCAACUGCAGCGUGACGUCAGCACGUCCAUACGCUACCAAAUGACCAACAUGCAGCAGACAUUCCAAAUGCUAAAGAAACGCAUUGCCAGCACACAGCAGAGGCGUCGCCAUCCACGGGAUCAGCUGCCGGGCCCAGCCCCAGUUGCGGCCCAUCCCCACUGAGGCAAAGCAAACGGUGUGCAAUGUGCAUGUGUAUAUGUGUGUGUGUGUGUGUGUGUGUUAGUGGGUGUGGUAUAGUAUGGAUGUAGUGUGUGGUGUAGUGUAGUGUAGUGCUGUAGAGGACGUAGCUUUUGACCUUUGCAGACUGUUUAUGAAUUUUAUAUGAUUUUGUUGAUUAUUGAUUUUGCUUGGGUUAAUUCAACGGAAAUCAAAAUGGAGCAAAAAAAAAAACAGCCCUAUAUUAACACAAUAUUUAGAAUUAAAUGCAAAUAUCCUGUGGAGCGGAGGAGCGCGGGGCGGGUGGGGUUUAACCUGUUGCAAUACAAAUCUAAUGGCCUACACAAAAACACCUAUGGAAAUCGUGUCAAAUUGUGGAUGUAUUCCUGAUAACUAACUGAUAACAUUUUUUUACUGUCAUAUGUCUAAGCAAUCAAAUUAACACACAACCAUAUAUCAAGAGGUAACAGCUACGUUUUUUUUUUUUUUAAUAUAUACACACAAUACAAAUCUUAACUCCUUGACAAAACGCACACUUAUAUACACAACUAUAUAUAUAUAUACAUAUACAUAUAUACAUACAUCUAUGUAAGCAAUUUACUCGAAAACUCUAAAUACUUUAUAAUGCAAAUCCAAAAUGUCUGAUACCAUUUGAAAAGCAUGCACUUUUUCAAAACAAAACAAAUUUGCCUUAACAUAAUAACCAUAUUAUACUAAUUUUUGAUAUAUACGUAUUUUAAUAUUAAACUUAAGCUUAUCAUUUCUAUUACAAUGAUGGGCCUUUGAGCAAUUUUUUUUGUUUGUUUUUGUUUUUUAUAUUUGUUGUUGUUAAAUUGUAUAAGAAAUCCAAGUAAGAAGCACACAAAAAUAAACAAACCCAAAAACA